GCUCAGCUUCGGUCGGCCGAUUUUGGGCGAAGAUUCGCCAUGGACUUCGACGAGCUCGAGGAGGUGGAGGGCGAUGCCAGCGCGCAGAAGUCCGCGGCUGAUGAGAAGGCCGCCGCCGAUAGGGCGGCUGCAGCGGAGAAGCUGUCAGCGGAGAGGAGGGCCAUGCUGAAGAAGGAGGAGCCACAGGCCAAUGGCGCCAACGGUGCCAGCGCCAAUGGCGCGCCGCCGGCGCCGGCGCCGGCGCCGGCAGCACCCAAGUUGCCGCUUUGGGAGGUGGUGGGCGGUGCCGACAAAGGCGGCAUUCUGGUCCGAGACGGGGAGAGCACAUCAUCAACGCAGCUGGCAGACCGACUCAGUACCGGGGCUCGGGUGGAGCAGCUCGAGCUGAAAGGCCAGCGGCUCCACUACCGCCUCAGCUCAGGCACAGGGCCAGCUGAGGGAUGGAUCAGCAUCGCCCUGUCAGGCAAAGACCUGGCGGUGCCCAUCCGCGAGCACGUGGCGGUGCUGAAGCGGGACACCGAGCCCCGGUGUGCUGCGGAGCUCCAGAAGCCGCCGGUGGGCUGGACGCCGGUGAGCAUGCCGCAGCUGCAAGAGAAGCACAUGAAGGUGGCGCCAGGCAUCAUCUACAUGAUCGAUUUUCCCUUUAAUGCCGAGCUCCUGCAGAAGAUGGGCCCCGCAUGGCUGACUAAGGCCUUCCACGCUGCAGGCUCCAUCCCCAAGGACAACAAAGUGAAGACCUUGAAGAACAUCAAGGAGUACAUCGGUGGCGGGAACUGCGCCAAGCUGAUUUUCGAUGUGGAGUACGAAGUGCCGGCCCCGGACCUCCACACGCAGCUCUUCGCGAAGAUCCCCUUCCCCUUGGCCGGGAACACUUUGUCCGACCGCAUGGCCUCCUCGGUGAUGCAGAGCGGCUCUGAGCUGGGGGAGAUCAACGCCCAGCGGCUUCUCGAGUCUCGCCUGCCCUUCAGCGUGCCCAGAUUUUAUUUCGGGGACGUCUCCAACGAGACGUCCAACUGGAUCCUCAUCACAGAGCGAAUUCCUUUUGAUCAGAAAGAUGGGGACAGAAAGGUGGACCCCGCGUACGAUAAGAUGAAGGACUGGGAGCUGAAAGGCACCAUGGAGGAGUACUACUUCCUGCUGACCAGGUACGGCGCCAUGAUGGCCGGCAUGGACAAGGCCGAGAAGUUGGCGCCCCGCUCGACCAUGGACAGCUUCUUUCCCCCCGCCUCUCUGCGGCCCAAGGAGAUGUGGGGCAUGAAAGCGGAGAGCACUGGCAUCGGCGAGAAGGAGUUCGCAAUGAAGAUCAAGAUGGGGGCAGACUUCGUGGGCACGACAGGCAAGGCGCUCUUCCCUGCCGUGUGCUCGACACCGGCGUUCCUGCAGAAGUACAAGAAGAUCCUGGCGAUUUCCAACGCCUACACUGCCGAGAUGAACUGGUGGUGCAACCGAAAUCCGGACUACAUCGCUUGGAGCCACGGCAACCUGAACGUGGACAACGUCUUCUUCUUCCGUGAUGCCGAUGGCAAGCUUGACCUGGGCGUACUCGAUUGGGGAGGUGCACGGACCGACUCGAUGGGGUGGAAGCUCUGGUGGUGGCUUUACUGCUGCGAGUAUGACUUCUUGAACGCAAACUUGGAUGCGAUGCUUGAUUGCUUCAUCAAGGAAUACGAGGCCUAUGGCGGCCCCAAGCUCGACCGAGCAGAGCUGCGGUGGCAGUUCACCCUCUCCGCGCUGCAGCAAGGUGUUGGCCUGCUGGGUGCUGUGCCCCAGAUCUACAAGAUGUGCAAGAAGACCGAAUUUGCGACCAUCACCGACCGCAAAGACCCACGGAUUGCGAAGAACAUUGAUGGCAAGAACACUCUCCGGAUCUACAUUGGAACCUUCAUCAACAUCUGCAACAUGAUCAAAGACUGGGACAUCGAGACUCAGCUCCACCACUGGGUGAAGGAAGUCUGUGCAGCUACCGGCAUUCCUGAGAAGAAGGUGACGGUAGAGUAGCUUCUUUUGCAUCUCUGACCGCGGUUCGCGCGCGCGGUUCAUAGGUUCGCAGCUCGCGGCUUCGGCCAUGGAAAGCCUGGCCUCCGCCGAUGUGCAAAGGGACACACGACUGCCGACGUGAGCCUGUCCGAGCGAAAUGCUCAGAGGAUGUUUGUCGCAUAGAUCUUUUGGACCUAUUUUCCAGCUCCAAUGCGGGCGUAUGCGGGCAAUUGCGGAAAA